CCCAAAAGACUGAUCUUGGUUAUUUAGCUUAUAGGGAUCCGUGUGAAUAACCUGCACGCGGACACUGUUUUCCUCUAGGCGCGCUCGUGAACUGCACAGCUGGUCUCGCGCUCUCGCGCUUCUUCAUUCACAGCGGGACUCGGCGGAACUCGCUCAGUUUCUCUCAGUGAGCAGAAGAGUUCACUAAAGGAGCCGUUUAAACUCGCUGUCGUCCACUCUGGAGUAGACUUCGUUAGAUGUUAGAGUUUAGGUCGAGUUUCAGUCGAUUUAAACGGAGAGCUGCCUCCGAAAGUUACAAGAGCAGUUCUGCGGGUGUAGCCUACGUUUCUUUUCACUCAGCUGUUAGUUCGUUUCAUAGUAGAUUUUCCUUCUUUUUGUCGCUGUCUACAGUUAGUUUUAUUUACAGGUUGAGAAAAUGCCGAGAGGUUUUUCGUCGAAAUAGCUUUCCCGUCACGCGUGGUAAACUUAUUUUCGCGGGUCGGCUAUUUUAGUGGAUUUAAUCUGUGUCGUGUGAUGUUUGCUGUGUGGAAACCUAAACUCUUGACUUGGCUUUUGCAGUUUUUACUGAUCUUACUGGUGGCUUUUCACAGGUGAAUAAGUUUGUCCAGCUAUUCCCCAUCAAUUUCCCAUCUUCAAUGUUGCAAACAUGGAUAAAUACGACGAUUUGGGACUUGAGGCGAGUAAAUUCAUCGAGGACUUGAACAUGUAUGAAGCAUCGAAGGACGGGUUAUUUCGCGUGAAGAGAGAUGCGGGAAACAACCCGGAUUUUGAAGAAACCAGAAAAGUUUUUGCCUCAAAGAUGACCAAAAUACACAUACAGAAGCAGCAAGAGGAGAUGGCAAGAAACAGUUUGGCAGCAAGGAUCAAUGGAAGUAAUUCAAAAGUGUCAGAUAACACAUUUUACACCAAAGACAGACCACCCAUCAAUAGUUAUAGACAGGGUGGUGAAGCAGCAGCCAAACCACCCAUCAUGUCUGGACCAAUGGUUGGCACUGCCAGUGUGACUCCAUACAUAUCUUAUGACGGACAAAAGCAUCAUUCGGCCAGCUUACCUGAUGGAUCCAGCAACAGGGCUUAUGACGUUAAGGAGACUGGUAAUGCUGUUAACCCAAUACCAGUGCCAGCCCGAUCAGCACCCUCUACCAGCCCCCCUGGCACAUGGGCAUCAAGAAGCGGUUACCCGUCUCAGGCGCCAUCGUAUCCUUUCUCAAACAGUUCCUCCUCUUCUAGCUCACCUGGAGCGGGUCAGAAUUAUUCUCCAGUGUCUCAGGGAUUCCCUCAAACAGGGAAGUCUCCCUCUCAGUCGCCCACAGGAACGUACAGGGAAGUAUAUCACCAGCCUCAACAAGUUAGCCCUGGGCCGCACUGCCAACCAAACUCUGCCCAGUGGCCUGCCAGUGGACUGACAUAUCAAAACGGGGGAGCUCAUAAUAUUGGCACCCCCUCCCCUACCCAGGUGACCCAACCUCGAGGGAAGCAAGGUGAGCCAUCCCAACCCAAGAGCUCUGCACCCGGUAACCCGACAGUGCCCGCUUUUACCCCUGUUGAGUCGCCCCAUGAUGAGUCUUCAAGCCAUUCUCGGGCGCUCAAGCUGCCAUGCCAGACCCUGCAUGUACAGACAGAUCAGGGGCCAUCUGCAGCUGAAAUAAAAUUAGAAGCUCUAACUGAACGCCUGGAAAAGGAGAUGGACGACCAGCCAAAGGCUGAGUACUUUGGCAGCUGUGUGAAGUGCAACAAGGCUGUGUAUGGAGCGAGUCAGGCGUGUCAGGCCAUGGGCAGCCUGUACCAUGACAGCUGCUUCACCUGCAGCGCUUGCAGCCGAAAGCUCCGAGGGAAGGCCUUUUACUACGUCUGUGGGAACGUCUUUUGUGAAGAGGACUUCCUGUACUCUGGUUUCCAGCAGUCUGCCGACAAAUGCAACGUAUGUGGACAUUUAAUCAUGGACAUGAUCCUGCAGGCACUGGGAAAGUCUUACCACCCAGGCUGCUUCCGCUGCGCCAUCUGUAAUGAGAGUCUGGAUGGAGUGCCUUUCACUGUGGACACAGAGAACAAGAUCUACUGCGUGAAGGACUAUCACAGAGUUCUUGCCCCUAAAUGUGCUGCAUGUAAUCAGCCGAUCCUGCCCUCUGAGGGAUCAGAUGAAACCAUUCGAGUGGUUUCCAUGGACAAGGACUACCACGUGCAGUGUUAUCACUGUGAGGACUGUCAUAUGGAGCUGAAUGACGAGGAGGGUCACCGCUGCUAUCCUCUGGACGGACGCCUGCUCUGUCACACGUGUCACCUCAAACACAUCGACCCUGCCGCCCCGCCGUCUACAACAAACAGCUACCACAGUCAGUUUUAAACAUCUGCCUCCCCCUAGUGGGUGUUCAGAGACAUCACUGUUUGCCAAAGAUGCUCAGAUAUUGCAUUGCCAAAAGUCACAGCUGAGAUUGAGAUUAUAAACUGUGUGAGACACAUUAUUAUAUAUUGUAUUUUGUCUGAAUUAUUUACCGUAC